AUGCGGCUGCCCUUUAGCCAGCGCCGCUCAAGGCGUCCGCCUGCCUCGACCUUUAAUUCGGCUCUUCUCACACUGGCAGCGCUUGCCCCGUCAUUUUCAGAAGCAAUUCAUUUUAAUCCAGCGCCGCCAGCGAACCUCGACUUCUCUAAUCUCGGCCGAAUAGCAAUUGCAGGCGACUUCAAUGGCAUCUCCCUCUACGAAUACGAGGGUCAAAUAUCAAAGCCCCUUCCCACGAACGGCAGCGAAUCUCUCCUCACACGACUUCCAAAUGGCGCCUUGGCACCUGUCGUGGCUACUGAUGCGUCAAUCCGAGCAAUGUGCCUGUUGAAAAAUGCAGAUGGCAAUUUAAAAGGUGUGGUAAUUGGUGGUAAUUUUACAAGUAUUGACGGAACACAAUCGACAGCGAUUGCGCUUUUCAACCCCAACUCAACAGAAGUAACACCCAUCAAGGGUCUAGAGGGUGAGGUCAACGCUUUAUAUUGCGACGACAGUCGGAAAACAGUCUACGUAGGAGGCACAUUCAAGGGCUCAAACUCGACAAACGCCAUUGCCUGGUCAGAUGCGAACGGCUGGAUUAAUUUGCCAUUUGCGGGUUUCAACGGCCCCGUCAACGCCAUUUCCAAGACGUCAAACGGACACAUUGUUUUCGGAGGCAGCUUCACUGGUCUUGGAAACGCUUCCGCACCGAGCCAACCGGAUAGCCAGAUCAUCAACCUAUCUGGUGGCACUAUUACCGCUACGAACGGCGCAACUACCAACGGAUUCAGUGAUCCCAAAAACAUUGUCUGCUCGGCCGGCAAGGAUGGACCUGGCAGCACCUGGCUCGCAGGUGACAACGUACCCGCCACCUGGGAAGCCAAAUUUGGAUUCAAAUUCGAGCCUACCAAGUUGCGGAUGUACAACACGCACCAGGACGGCCGCGGCACCAAGACAUUCCGUUUUUUGGCGUUUCCUUUGAACGGCAUCAUGAACUUUACCUACGUCGACCCAUCCACCGGACAGAAUGCUACCUGCACUAGUGAAUGUCCCCUCAGCAAUGACCCCAAGACCGAGUUCCAGGACUUUCACUUUGUCAACCGGGUCGGCAUGAACAGCUUCCAGGUCGCCAUCUCCGCCUGGUACGGCUCAGGGGCAGGACUUUCCGGCAUCGAACUGUUUGAGGACGAUAUCUUCUCUUAUGCUGUGACUAAUUUCAAUGAACCGACGUGCAAGGGAAUCGAGUUUCCAUCGAAAGCUACUACUACGGGUCCAUGGAAACAGUCACCUUCCGUUCAGAGCAGCUCCGAUUAUCUCACGGCGACGUUGAGUGGUGGUGAGAUAAAGAGCAACUCAGCUUCUGUCGUGUUUACUCCCAAUAUUUUAGAAUCCGGCAAUUACUCUGUCAACAUGUACACUCCAGGUUGUAUGCCUGACGGCACUUGCUCUACGCGAGGCCAAGUCAACAUCACAGGCGUCAUGUCAACCGGCACGGUCAACAACGACUUCAGCACGACUCUCUACCAAACAAAUUAUUUCGACAAAUUCGACCAGAUAUAUUUCGGUUACAUUGAGAAGAGCUCUGACGGCUUCAAGCCUACAGUCACCCUUACGCCCCUGGCUGGUCAAAGUGUGCAGUCACUCACUGUUGUCGCCCAACGAGUAGGGUUCACUCUCACCAAGUCGACCGGAGGACUCAACGGCCUCUUUGACUUUGAUCCUGAGCAGAAGAAGCCUGUGGACGUAUCCAGCUUGGAAAAUUCGGCCAUCAACAAGCUGGGCUCAGGAUUCGGACAACGCUCUGCUGUCAAGUCCUUGGUCACAUCCGGCGACACACUGUUCAUUGGCGGAAACUUUACUUCAAAAGAAUUUGUCAAUGCUGUCUCCGUUAGCGGUGACAAGCAAAACGCCACUUCACUUGACGGUGGCCUAAAUGGCCAAGUUAUCGACAUGCAUCUAGAGGGCACGCAACUCUACGCCGGCGGUAGCUUCAACAGUACGCUCAACGGCGACAAGAAGGAAUUGAGCAACGUCGCCGUGUAUGAUACAAAGGCGAAUACUUGGAGUGCUCUAGGUGGCGGUGUAGAUGGCACGGUGGAACACGUCGUGCCAAUGCAAAUCAACAUAACAUCCAACCAAAUGGAGACGGCUAUCAGCUUGAGCGGCACAUUUUCGCAAUGCAAUGCUUUCAAGAAUAACAGCGCUUCUCGAGUUGACGGUUUCGCCAUAUGGGUUCCUUCGCUCCAAAACUGGAUGCAAAACAUCAACCAGCCUCUGCCUACGUACAAUGGUAUACUGACGGCCAGCCUUCAGAAUGUUUCGGAUGUUGGAGACCUUUUUGCCGGUUCCCUAACGUCGGCGCAGCUUCGAGCAAACGGCGCGGCGACUCUCAGCAACAACGGCCUGGGGACGUUUCCCUUCAAUAUCGAGGUACCUCCAAAGUCUGCGUCUUCGAGGUUGAACCGCCGAGAAAACAUCUCAAAUGAUACCCUCCGCGGUGUCAUCACUGGUACCUUUUAUAGCACAGACAGCACCAACAUUACCGUUCUUGCGGGUCACUUCACGGCCAAAUCAUCAAAUGGAUCGACUGUCAACAAUUUGAUGAUUCUUGACGGCAAGGACAACGAGUCGAUAAGUGGACUGGGCUCCGAGAUAUCCCCAGAUUCGACAUUCAUCACGGUAGCUCUCCAGGGCAGCGUUCUUUAUGCAGGAGGAAUGGUCUCUGGAAAGAUUGGUGGCAGUCAGAUUCACGGCCUUGUGUCAUACGAUAUCUCAUCAAAGUCGUUUGGAAGCCAGCCCGCUCCCAUCUCCGGCAAGGCCAGUACCGUUGCAGCCAUCGCGGUUCGUCCGGAUACGUCUGAGGUUUAUGUCGGCGGCUCUUUCAGCAAGGCAGGCGCACUGGGAUGCGAGGGUCUCUGCAUUUACAACUCCAACUCGGGGCAAUGGUUCCAGCCUGGAAACGGUCUCUCUGGUGAAGUCUUGGGUCUCUUGUGGUCGAGCAAAUCGACACUUGUUGUAGCAGGUGACAUGAUGGCCAACAGCACUGACAAGCGAUACUUGGCGACGUAUGACGCCAAGGGACAGACAUGGUCGACUUUUCCAGGAGCUGAAAGCAUUCCAGGACCAGUUGAGGUCAUGACUGCUGGAUCGAGCGACGGGAAACAAGUCUGGGUCGCGGGCAAGUCAGCCAAGGACGGAUCAGUCUACCUGAUGAAGUACGAUGGCAGCAAGUGGCUGUCAGCUAAUGAAACUCUCCCCGCGCGCACGAUUCUUCGAAGCCUUCAAGUUUUCUCGCUCACCAAGAAUCAUGACAAGACGGACUUACUGGGAGAGAGCCAGGCACUCAUGAUGACUGGUUCGAUUAUGAUUCCAGGCGUCGGAAUCGCUUCGGCAGCAAUUUUCAACGGCACCCACUAUAGACCGUAUGCGCUCACGACCAAUUCUGGCAACGCCCCUGGAACAAUCGCCAGAAUCUUUACGCAAAAGGAUGAUUUCUUUUCAACAGGAGGUGGCAGCAUGCCGCUGGGCUUUGUCGUCCUCAUUGGACUCGCAAUUGCCCUUGGUCUCAUCCUUCUCAUGGUCGUAGCUGGCAUCAUCUUGGACCGGCUUAGGAAGAAGCGAGAGGGGUAUACACCAGCGCCAACAUCAAUGUAUGACAGGGGCAGUGGCAUUCAACGGAUACCACCGCACGAACUGCUGGAAUCGCUAGGCAGGAGUCGACCGGGAGCAGCACCUCACGUUUAA